AUGAAUCCGGAGUCUCGUGCCUCGCCUAGACAGUCGCCGUUGGGUGGUAGGAUAGGUGGGAUCCGCGAUGCCGCAAAAACUCUUUCGGCUUGCUUGACAUGCAGGCGAAAAAAGGUGAAGUGCUCUGGUGACAAGCCCUGCACAUACUGUAGCAAGCGCAAUCUUGAUUGCAAAUUCCCAGAGUCGGGAAAGAAGCGAGUGUAUUCAGUCACGAGAAUCCAAGAUCUUCAGGAGAGACUGGCUCGGUAUGAGAGUCAGGGUUUGGAUUUUGCCGUUCCAGAUUCAACAGACCGCGAAACAAUUAUUGUGGCUGAUGGAUCUCCCAAGCACCAGGGCCGCCCUCCGACAGGUGGCACGGCACAGACGCCCACGGAUAAUGCAACGCAAGUUAACGCCGCCUCAACCCUCCUGGGGUUGGCAUUAGACCAACUUCAAUCUCCCCUUUCAACAAAUACUACAUCAAGAGAGCGUGCAAGUAUCAUUACCGAAUCUUCUCCCGGUUCAACAAUCCCGGCUGAUUCAUCAUUGAGCUCUAGCCAUAACUUUGGUUCCAGGCUGCAGAACCUACUGCAGCACCCUCGUCUAAGCGGUCAAGGAAAUGAUCAGCCUCAGCAUCCUCUACUAUCGCAGCCAGCUGCCGCAAAGUCUAAAGAUAAAGAGCUAACCCUACCCUCGGAGGAAGAGGGCCGUAAACUAUUCGAGAGCAUGUCCUUCUUUAUUGGGUACACGCAGCACCAUAUAGACACGCGAGAGUUCUCUGACAGGCUUGCUUUCUUCUACGCCAACAUAGAUGACCCGUCGCAAACUCAAACUCCAUGGUAUUUGGAGAUGCUACUCGUUUUCGCCGUAGGAAAACUCUUCUCCGGCUCAUUUGACAGCGAUGAGAGAACAGAGCUUCCAGGCUGGAGCAUAUUCACGUAUGUUCAAACAAGGCUCCCAAGCCUAAGCGAGCUUUAUAGUCUGGGGAAGCUGGGCAUCGAGAUACACGCUUUGGCAGCGGUGUAUUUACAGAAUGCUAACCGGAAAGAGGAGGCGUACUUAUAUAUUAGCUCGGCACUUCGCUUGGCAACAACACACGGAUAUCACCGCAAGUUGGGAACGAAACAUUUGUUACAGUCAGAGAAGGUACAUUUGAAUCGUCUUUGGUGGACAGUUUAUAUGCAAGAAAGACGGCUCGCAGCCGCAACUGGAAAUCCCUCCGGCAUACUUGACGACGUGAUUGAAAUUGAUAUGCCGAUUGACUCUCCAGGGUUUCCCCCGGCCCUACCUCUACGAACUAAUAUUAAAAUUGCAAGGGUUACUGGAAGGAUUCUCUCGACAAUCUACGGUCCUGGAAAUCACCCCGAGGAAACAUUUGUGCCGAAUGUUCAAGAUAUUGUUCAGUCUCUUUACUGGAUUGCGAAGGAAAUUCCGGGAGACUUUUCAAGCAGGCUAUUUGACCUGCCAUCUAUGGAAGGAGAUGUCUCGCUGAGGACGUCGGCAUAUCUGCACAUGAUGCUAUAUCAAGCAAUUCUCCUGACUAUACGGCCUGUGAUGCUGCAUGUUUCAAAACUCAUCUUUGAUGACGAGAGCAGCGCCAAGUUGAGCAUGCGAACUUCGCCACUAGGCAGGUUAAGUCGUACUUGCUCAGAGGCAGCAAGGAGGCUCCUGGAAGUACUGCUAUCACUUCGGAAAGGAAACAUGUUAACGAUAUUUGGAUUUUUUGACCUCGAUGCAAUCUUCUCGGCCGCAUUUAUUAUGAUAUUGACGCUAGUGAUUGACUCUACACGUAACGAAAACGAAAGACUUGCACCAUGCCCGGGAUUGUCCGAAGCACUAGAAACACUCGAUUACCUCGUCGACCGAGGAAACGAAUUUGCUCUUCAAAGAGCCCAGGAAGUUCGUCGUAUGAGAGAUCAUUUAUCAGCCUGGUUAAACAUUCCCAAGAACAGCCCUAGCGAUGUACGGUCUAGUCAUGCAACCACCACCAGUGCAGAUCGUGAGAGCCAAGGAAAGUCAAACAAUAAUACAUCAAAUAGCGAGAAUCUCGAAAAGGAUGCCGAAAUGCAGCCAUUUACCUUCCCAGCAUCGACGCCAAGAAACAUUGGCGAAAACAGUCUCUUGACUCCGUCUGGUCGGACAAGUCAAUUGGGAUCCAGAAGCCUCUUGGACUCAAGCUUAUGGAACGAUAUCUCAUAUCUAUGGCUGCAGCCCUCAAGUGCCGACGACAACCAGCCUUUUGUGCAGACGAACGGAAUGGCAGACUUACUACCAGAUGAUGCGUACAAUUGUUAUUCCAUCUAUCACAACCAAAACCUCACUCUCACUGGUCAAGACCUGGGAGAUUUUGAAGAGCUGGAGAGACACAUUUAUGGGUUCGGUAGUUGA